GGCCUGGCAGGGUCCUCCCUGCGGCGGAGGCGACGGCGGCGGCGGCGGCGGCGGCAGCGGCAGCGGCAGUGGCGGGGCGCGCGUCUCUUCGCCAUGUACACCUUCGUGGUGCGCGACGAGAACAGCAGCGUCUACGCCGAGGUGUCCCGGCUGCUGCUUGCCACCGGCCAUUGGAAGAGGCUGAGGCGGGACAAUCCCCGGUUUAACCUGAUGUUGGGGGAGAGGAAUCGGCUGCCUUUCGGGAGACUGGGUCAUGAGCCUGGGCUGCUGCAGCUGGUGAAUUACUACAGGGGGGCUGACAAACUGUGUCGCAAAGCUUCUUUAGUGAAGCUAAUCAAGACAAGCCCGGAGCUGGCUGAGUCCUGUACCUGGUUCCCCGAGUCCUAUGUCAUAUAUCCAACUAACCUCAAGACCCCUGUGGCUCCAGUGCAGAAUGGAAUCCAGCCGCCUGUCCAUAACUCAAGGACAGAUGAAAGAGAAUUCUUCCUGGCUUCUUAUAACAGAAAGAAAGAGGACGGGGAAGGCAACAUUUGGAUUGCAAAGUCAUCGGCUGGUGCCAAAGACCAUCUGGCCAUUGGUCCUCAUUUCUAUCCGUUUCUACCAGCCAUGAGACAGGAGGGCAUCACCUGGGAUCUCCUGAAAGUGGGAGAGUGGGACUCUUGCCACCAGCCAGGCGAAGGCAUCCUCAUCUCCUCAGAGGCAGCAGAGCUUCUGGAUUUCAUAGACAACCAGGGCCAGGUGCAUGUGAUCCAGAAAUACCUUGAGCGCCCUCUGCUUCUGGAGCCUGGGCACCGCAAGUUUGACAUCCGAAGCUGGGUCUUGGUGGACCAUCAGUAUAAUAUCUACCUCUAUAGAGAGGGUGUUCUCCGAACUGCUUCAGAACCAUAUCACGUGGAUAAUUUCCAAGACAAGACCUGCCAUUUGACCAAUCACUGCAUCCAAAAGGAGUACUCAAAGAACUAUGGGAAGUAUGAGGAAGGGAAUGAAAUGUUCUUCGAGGAGUUCAAUCGGUACCUGAUGAGUGCUUUGAACAUCACCCUGGAAACUAGUAUCUUACAACAAAUCAAGCAUAUAAUAAGGAGCUGCCUCCUGAGCGUGGAGCCGGCCAUCAGCACCAGGCACCUCCCGUACCAGAGCUUCCAGCUCUUUGGCUUCGACUUCAUGGUGGACGAGGAGCUGAAGGUCUGGCUCAUUGAGGUCAACGGCGCCCCAGCUUGUGCUCAGAAGCUCUAUGCAGAACUGUGCCAGGGCAUCGUGGACUUAGCCAUAUCCAGUGUCUUCCCGCCACCAGAUGUGGAGCAGCAGCCGCAGCUGGCUGCUUUCAUCAAGCUGUGACCGACGGGGCCCUGCGAGCUGCCUUGGGAAAUGCACGAGGUCCUGCUUCACAGUGAGGCGAAAUGACAGGACUGCUCCUUAUCGAGCCCAGAUGGGAAAGAGCGGCAACUUGAACAGCGGGACACAGAGAGCAGGAGAAGAGGAAGCAACUUCCAGGGCUGGCUGCCCAGGGAGCUGCCCUGGGGAGCUCUCAGCAGUGCUGUUGCAGUGUAGGAAACUGAGGCACGUGUCUCUGAGUGGGGAGCAGAGCGCUCAUCCAUGGGGCGAAGGCAGGGAUUUGGUUCUUGUGCGUUUUCACCCUUGGGAGGUCUCUGUGCUUUGGUGGCCCUGGGGCUCACAGCCUGACCUCCCCAGGUGUGGCAAGCUGUAGGACGGCUGCUCCGUCUCUCCACCCACCCGCUGCAGCCUUAGUGCCUUAGCUCUGUGCCCAGCUGCAGCCUGGCUUUCUGGGACACGAAGUGGAUCUUAGAGCACUUUGGAGGCCGCCCAUGUGUCCCCUGCUCAUCCCCGCCAGGACACUCUGCCUCCUAAACUCUGGACAAGCAUGCACCAAGUCCUUAGUGUUGUGCCAUGUGUCAGCCUCGCCGUGAAGGCUGCUGUCCUCGUCACCUUUCUGGUGGUGUGGGGUCAACUCCUGACAGGGGUUCUCCAGAUAAGGCCCAGACAGUGCCCAUGCUGUCUCUCCAUCUGCUCUCUGCAUGUUUUAGAAGUAAAGCGACAAGUCUGCCACACUUAGAAGCCUCAAAUAAGCAUGAGAGAGGAAAAACCAUACAGAUCUUGCUCUACUUCAUGGGUUGGAUGUAUGUAUGUGUGUGUGUGGGGGUGUCUUUGAAAUAUGAUUAUCAAUUAUUUUUGUUUUAAUCAGAAUGCUAACUGAAAGUCUUCAAAGUUUCCUUUCCUUCAAUUUUUUAAAAUGUAUAUACUCCUGAGGGUCAGGAAGGUGGAAUUCCAUGCCCCAUGUCCUCCCCAGAUGGCCCUGGCCAGGCAUGGUCGGCUUCCCCUCUGGGUCUCCUUGUACUCCAGGCACCUUGCACUCCAGGGACAGGUUCCAUUCCAGGAAGGAUUCUGAGUCUGCCUUUGCCUAGUGGCAUCAGGAAGGAGGCUCUCUGAGUAAGAGUGGUCCUGCCUAGAUGGUUUCAGAGCUCCACGCAGCUUCUUGUGAGUCUCAACAAAAGUAUGCAACAAAGAUGUGGUUUCUAAGUUCGGAAUCAGCUGAUAUUUUGAUCCACAUCAAGGCCACAUCACUAGCAGUGGAGAGAUGUUUUUUUUGUCAUAAGUGUGAACUGAGUAUUUAGGGUUAGGCUUUUCUUUUUGAGACAAGGUCUUGCUAUGCAGUUCAGGCUAGCCUUGAACUCACUUAUGUAGCCCAGGGUGGUCUCAAAUUCACUGCAAUCCUGUCUCAGCCUCCCAAGGGCUGAGAUUGCAGGUGAGCCCCACCAUGCUUGGCUAGGCUAUUCUUAGAGUGUCUUGGAAAUCACAUCAGCAGACACAGGAGCCUAUACUCCUCCCUAGGACGUGGUCCUAUGUGCUUGGCAGGUAUAUGUUUCUGCUUGGUGGGUUCUGCAGUCAGGUGAGACUUCUACAAAAGAGAGAGAAAAACAUUGCUCCUCAGAUAGCAUGAGAUGUGGAAGCUUCUGAUGAAAAGGGGAAAAUAUUAGAAAUUAUGAGACAGUGACAGGUGACUGGACAUGAAGGUGUUACAGUGAAGUGACAAAGCUCCCAACUGGGUUGGUGCUCACAGGAAUUAGGAAUUAUGUAAAGUCCCACUGGUUACCUGAAAUAUGAGGAAUGCAGUUUACAUGCAGGGCAAAAUGAGAGUCAGUACUAAGUCAGUCCUGAAGGCCCGCGCAGCCGAUGGGUUAGCAUGUGGGACUCAGGAUGGAGUGAGAGGUGGUACCCUCACGGCGAGACACACACCCGUUUAGGAAGUAAGGGUUCUGGGUUCUUGGCAAGUCUAGGUGGGCUGGAGAUGGAGAAAGCCUAGAGGUUUCUGUGUGCUUUUGGACCCAAAUCACAGGAACAUUUCAGAGUUUUCCAGCUCAUACAGUGAGAGAGCUCAGAAUUCAGGUGUUAGAAAGUCUGUGGAUCCUGAUAAAUUUUCCGCAAACCUGAAUCUGUUGCAUAUCUGUGAGGAAAGCGUGACUUUUAAGAAAAGUGACAGUUCCUUCCUUACACUGAGCAUGCGCACUUGUAAAGCAUAUUUAUAAUGCAUUUAUUUCCAGUCAGGAAGUCUGGCUCAGAACUGUCCCAUACCCUUCCAUGGUGCCCUUGGCACAGUUGGUUGUGCCUGACCCUCCAGCGUCACAGGAAUGGUCUGUGUAAGCACUACCCAUCGCUGGGAGGAGAGGUUAUUUAUUGGAGAUGUUGAUUCCAGUCCUGGCUGUUAUUUGAAUGCACAGUGUCAGAGGAGCCCCCUUACCUCUCUGUGCCUUAGUUUCUUAUCUCAUGGAAGAGAUUGUUGCCUGAGCAGGGACUACCUCAAGGGCUUUGUGGCGAGGACAGAUGACAGUAGGAAAACUCAAGAGCCUUGAGUGCCACACCGACUACAUGCCUCAAGCAUCUGUGAACCUUUUAAAACAAAAUAUUGGUGCCUACACCUCCACUCUCUUUCCAGCCCCGGGCAGUUAAACCAGAGCCACAGGCAGCAGCAGUGUCUUGAGAUGCCUUGAAUUACUGCUUAGAGAGGAAGAAAAAUGCAUUAUUACCUUGGAAGAAUCAUUUAAGGCUUAAGACUUUAAAAAAAAAAAAAAAACUUUUUUUUUUAAUGGCAUUUCUUUAAGAACACCCAGUGUCAAUAUCUGUAUUCCUGGUACAAAAGCCAGUGUUGUCUGAGCGGGUUCUCCAUUUGCUUCUCCUCACAGUGUUGGGAAACUCCUAUCUGCUUAACAUAAAGUUUAUGAAGCCUUGACUGCAAAUAUAAACAGACAUGGAUGUAUAAAUCCACUAAAAACGUGUUAAAGUUUUAAUUAGUUAUGAGAGAAAAGCCCUUUCCCUCACACCAAACCCCUACAGUCAUUACAGACCACAUUUUACCAAGAACAUUUGGCGUUUGUGUGACGGGGCAGAGCAGGUGUCAGCAUCUGUCCCAGCUCUGAGAGUGCUGGGGACAUGCUGGGAUCCAUAGAACCAGCCAGGGUCUGUAGAGCCUCAGAGCAUUUGCACGAGCAGUCUCAGUUGUACCCACAGAGGGUGGAGCCAGUCCUGUUGGGGUGGCAGAGGGGUUGCUACUGACGACAAGGUGCCAUAGCUGGUCUCAGGUUGCAUGUGGGUACUGGAGAGAACAUUUGGCAAUAUACAUGUUUCAGAUGCUGGACACAGAAUCUGUACCUACGAAGAAGUCAUUUCUGAAAUAAGGCAAUUUUGUGAAUGUUUAAAAAUGCCCAGAGCAUUAAAGUAAUGAUACUUCAAGUA